CCAGUCCAUCCACUUCUCAUACCAUAAAUUCCGUAAUUAUGUAGGAAGUCAAAUUUUGUUCGUCUAUUGAAAUAAAUUGAUUUUUUAUUUUAAUUUUAAAGCACUAACUCAAACCAAAAAUAUGAACAUUAAUUUCUCGUAAUUUGUAUUAAUUUAUUAUUUAUAGGUAACAUGUAAAGUAGAUCCUAUAAUUGUAGAAAAGUGUAAAAGAAAUUAAUUGAAUCGGUGAUUGAAUACUUCUCGAUCGCCAUUAUCAUCUAUUCAUAUUCUACAAGUUUCAUUGAAGCGUUAUUAAAUUAACGGUGUAAAGUGUGUCAAUGCGUACAUCACGGAGUAUCUUUUCUGAGGGCUCGUUUAGUAUUUAUUUGUAAUAAAAACUUAUUUUUCUUUUAAUUUUGGCGGGAGUGCUGGCACGUUGUAUGAUCAUUGUAGAACAGUAAAAUCUGUCACCUGUCCCCCUGGCCUCGACGCCGAUAGAGGUUUGUGUUUUAACGAGUCUGAUCCGUAAAAUUAACAGUGCAAUAGUGAAAUUCCUGGUGCGUGAUCAAUGUGGACGUACGACGAUGUGUCACGAGUAAGUGUAUCGGACAUGGAUAGCAGAAGAGCUUGCCCGAGUUACGAAGCCGGGUUUGACGCGUGCGAUCCUCUGGGAUCGGUGCUGGAGUGGUCAGGGCGGGGACCAGCGCGAGUGUUAAGGCGGCGCUGCCGCAGUGAAGGCGUCGAUCGCUCUCCAUAUGAGGAUGCAAGUCGGGAUUCACACCGUUCCGCGGACGGCAUACCUCGAUUUAGGGCACUCUCAAACAAGAGCCACUUCACUUUAAGUAACUUAGGAGAAACCCAUUUUGAGCGAUUCAGACACGAGUGCUCCCUGCCUGCAGCCGAGAACGGUGACUACAUCAUGACCCAUGAACAAAAAAAGUACUAUGGAUACCAGCCAGGAAGAUCAAAAUUUAGAAUGAGUCCUAGCAGACCAUUACUUGUAACAACAUUAUCAAACACAAAAAUUGAUGAUAGCCGUCUUCCAAAAGUAGAAGAGCUACUAGAAAAAGUUGAUACAGAGAUGAUGGAGGUCCAAGUUACUAAGCAACCAUUGAAGUCAAUACUCAAUAAUCCUUUACUAAAGUCACCACCUCAGGGUAUACUAAAAAAACCUAAAAGUAGGUCAUGCCAAGACUCUAAAAUUAACUUGGAAGGUCGUCGGAGACAGCGGGCUUCCAGCGAGUCAGAUAAUCUAUACUGCAACUUUCAUGUUAGCAGUCCUAUACCAGGAUAUGACAGUCGAUUGUCAUAUCUUUCCAACAAUAUGAAAAGAGCCAAAGAUAAUUCUGGAACAGGCUACUCAUAUGGUUCAUUCGCCACACUCAAUACCACACCAGUAUCAAAAAGUCCACUAAACUACAGCAAGGGUAUGAGGUGUACUUGCAAAGACCAAAUCAUAGUAUCUUCCAAAGAUGACAUUAACGGUAUCCACAUCUUGAGAACAACAGCAAUCAACAAUGAGACAGUUGUUGGAGAUGCGCCUGUGGUGGAAACUGGUCGUCAAGACACACCAACACCCACCUGCCCAGCCGUAAGUCCAGCGUUACCAGUGAGUUCAGUGACCGCAAUACCUCAACCCAAGAAAUCAGUGAAGACAGUCAAAAAGAAAAUCAAGCCUAAAGUUAAUGUUGGCAAGAUGAAGUCUAAUAGUAAAAUAGUGUGCAGUGUUACAGAGGAGGCAGACGAUGUACAUAGCAGAUCGCCCUCUCCAGACGCUAUGGAUGCAUGGGCCAUGGAAACAGACACUGCAAUAUCUGAUAUUGAAAAGCUAGACAAAAUAUCUUCUAUACCUAUUAGGGAAGAGUUAAAUGAACACAAUUCAGUUACUAAACUAUCAAAUAAAUUAAAUGGGACUGUUAUACUACCUAAGAAAGUUCCAUCUAAAGCAAAGACGAACAAGGAACAAAUGUUCAUUACAGCAUUACACACAACAAAUCCUUUUAAAUCGAUACCAACACGCAAAGAAUCUCCCCUUAAUCUACCUGAGUCAAUAUCGAGUUGCUUGAGGCCAUCCCUCUUCCCUCGAGUGCCACCCUAUCUCAGGUUUGUUGGUCACGAAGACACACCACCCAUCAAAAUCCCCAUGGCGAUACAGAAGCAUCUCAAGUGGAAACUGACGACAAUAACGCCAAUAGUUGUUAAGAAGACUUUAACCAAUUCAGGGUUUAGAUUGGUCAAGAGUGAGUGUGAUACAGCUGAAUGUCCACAGGAAGAGACAGUAGAAUGGAUCGGGAUAUGGGGAAAGCAUAUGAAGUCAUUGAUGUUUAGAGCAAUAAAAGAUGGUCAGAAGAUGAACCAUUUUCCGGGUACAUUCCAAAUAGGGAGGAAGGACCGCUUGUGGCGGAACCUUCAGAAGCUGGCUGCCAAGUAUGGAGUGAAUGAGUUCGGGAUAAUGCCGAAGACUUACGUAUUACCACAUGACCUGAAAUUAUUGAAACACGAUUGGGAAAAGCACGCCGCAAAUAAUGAAAAGUGGAUUAUUAAACCUCCAGCGUCAGCGCGAGGUACAGGCAUCAAAGUGGUGUCCCGUUGGACACAAAUACCUAAGAAACGCCCCGUGGUGGUGCAACGGUAUGUGUCGAAGCCGUACCUCAUCAACGGGAACAAGUUCGAUAUGCGACUCUACGUGCUCGUCACGUCCGUGCACCCACUUAGGAUAUACUUGUAUAAGGAUGGACUUGCGAGAUUCGCUUCAGUGAAAUACAAUGAUGAGUUGACAUCGUUGAACGAUCGGUACAUGCAUUUGACUAACUACUCUAUCAAUAGACUAUCUAAAAACUACACACCAAACGAAGAUUUUGCGGCGUGCGAGGGACAUAAGUGGACACUACAGACAUUGUUCCACUAUUUAAAGACUGAAAAGAAUGUAGACACUGAUGCACUGUGGGACUCAUUGAAGGAUCUGGUAAUAAAAACAAUAAUAUCGGGCGAAGCGAGUAUCAGCUCACUGACUAAGGCCAACAUCACAUCUAGGUAUAAUUGUUACGAGUUGUUUGGUAUUGAUGUGCUGUUGGACGAAGAUCUCAAGCCUUGGCUACUGGAGGUGAAUAUCUCACCGAGUUUGCACAGCGCGUCUCCAUUGGAUAUUCACGUGAAGGGUCCCCUCGUCUGCACAGUACUCAACAUUGCACAGUUUCAAGUGCCGCUCAAGACCAACCUCGAGAUGCUCUCUAAGGACAAACCUAAUAAAUUGGCUGGAUUACCAUAUGAUAGCAGAUUAUAUACAAUUUACUUAUCAAAAGAAGAAAGAGACAAACAUAUUAUUUAUACAAAUAUGGAAGAAAGAGAUAUGUACCUGCGAGACAUCCUGUCGACGCUGACGCCCGAUGACGUGAGGCAUCUGCUGCAAGCAGAAGACGAGUUGACCCAAACGGCGGAUAUGCAGCGCGUGUUCCCCACGCCCCAUUCCUACAAGUACUUGCCAUAUCUCGCCGGCCCGAGGUACUACAAUCGUCUCUUCGACGCGUGGGAGGCCAGAUAUGCGAACAAUAGGGAGCCAGGUAUCGAGUUACUCCGCAACUUGUGCGACAUCGGUUACCAUCUCGAGGUGCCACCUGUUCCCCUCAAGCCGGCGGCGCCUCAGCUGAGCGCGUUGGAUCGUUGCAGAAUGAUGUGGACGCGCCGUCGCCGGCCGCCUCGGAGCGGCCCUCCGUGCCCUCGCUCACGUCGCUGGAGCAGCCUGGCCUCGGCGUCCCCGUCCCCGCGGCCCCCGCCGCCCCCGCAGCCCCCGCCGCCCCCGCCGCCCCCGCGGCCCGCGUCUGCGGCGACGCCCUCGCUCGGCCGCCGCCCCCGGCCGCGCUCGAGCCGCGCGCAUAGCGCCGCGCCCCGUCGCCCCCCGGCCGCCGCGCCGGACCCCAAGCGGAGGCCGCGCCCGCCGGAGCCGCGCGUCGACCUCAACCGGAACCUGCACCGCGACGCGCCCGCCUCCGCCACGCACGCGGACCGCGGCCCGGCGACGUUGAAACUAUUGUGA